GUACGAUUCUUAAGAUUCGCACGCGCAUCACUGAACUUUCAAUCGAACUUGGAUCUACCUGCCACACACCUUUAGGUACAUCGAAUACGAGAUCGAAGGAUACUCUUUCCCCAAAUCAGACGCAAGCAACAACCCUUUUUCAGUCGCCCGCCCUCCUUUACCGUAUAGAGGUACUAGAAUAAUUGCGAAUACACCUUCGCAACCCCCUCACCGGGAAAGUCAUUUGGCAAAUUGGGCAGAAUAAGGAAACACCGGUCUUGUAGUCUGAACUUAUUUUCGAGCUAUAAACCGUCUAGUUGCGGUACCUUUUCACCUAUUUUCGUCUACGAAGAUACAUAUCCCCAACGGGAUCCCGGUACUUAUCAUCAUUACGUCGUUACCCGUCGUCAAUACGAUCAUUUGAAUCUUCGAUAGUACCCGACAUCCAAGUCUGGAUAGCUAUUUGAGUUUCUAGCACAGGCUAGCUAGUUUUGGAAGAAUUAAACUAUGAGCCAACCGCCUCGUCGAUCUAGUUUCGGGAUGUUGCUUCGACGCAGUAAAUCGGGUGACCUCGGCAAGGGGAAGAAGCACCAGAAAGACCAACACAGGGAAACCGUGCCCAAAUCUCCUCCACGUCUUCCAGCUCUCUACAAUGGUGCUCAACCUCCUCCGCCUCUACAAAGUUUUGGAGGCGAUUAUCGUCCAGAUUCCAUAGCAAUCGUUUCUGGAACCGCUGACCACUCGUUUCACCGUUAUCCCCCCAGAGCAUCUAUCGAUCCUGGUCGUCCUUCGAUGUCUUCAACUUUUGCCAGUCCUCCAGUACCACCUGUCCCCAACGGAGCUUGGGUCGAUCCCUACGCCCGCACCGAAAGCAUGACGCACCGUGGCCGAUACAGCUAUGCGAGUAGUGCCGUUAGCACUAUCAACAGCCCGAGAAGAGUUCGUCGAAGGAAGGAUCCUACUCCUUUCAAUGUCUUGAUCGUGGGUACCCGUGGUUCCGGAAAGACCUCGUUCCUCGAAUUCCUCAAGACUUCUCUAGCUCUACCAGCUAAGAAACGAUCUCAGCGAUCGACCGAGAUCGAGCAGGAAGUUACUGCCAAUGCCACUCCUUCGGGCGGCUUCGUACCACACUACCUCGAGAGCGAGAUUGACGGAGAGCGCAUUGGAUUAACCCUAUGGGAUUCAGAAGGUCUAGAGAAGAACGUAGUAGACCUACAAUUGAGAGAGAUGUCGACCUUUUUAGAGAGCAAAUUUGAGGAGACGUUCGCUGAAGAGAUGAAAGUGGUUCGAUCCCCUGGCGUCCAGGACACGCACAUCCAUGCAGUGUUCCUUAUCCUAGAUCCCGCCCGCCUGGACCGCAAUAUUGCUGUUGAGAAAACUGCAUUUGCCAAUGGUCAUGGUGGGAAGCACGAGCAGAAUGCAGGCCGCAUUGUAGGCGUCCUUGACGAAGAUCUCGAUCUACAAGUCAUGCGAACUCUCCAAGGCAAGACAACAGUGAUCCCGGUAAUUUCAAAAGCCGACACCAUCACAACUGCCCACAUGUCCGUCCUCAAGAAGACAGUAUGGGCUAGUCUUAAGAAGGCAAAUUUCGAUCCUCUUGAACCGCUUGGACUUGACGACGAUGACGAGGCUACGCCGGACUCUAGCAGAAUCGACGAGGCCGAGGAAGAAGAUGAGGAGAGUGAAGAAGCGGCAGAACCAGCAGAGGUUAAGGAGGACAAGGAAGAUUCUGCUAUCGUGGAAGAUGAUGACGUCGAUGCGGAUGAGGAUGAACUUCCAAUUCAGGGUAGGGUCUCGCCAGCCUCAAAACGCCGAUCGAAUAACUCCACCCGUCGAUCUAAGUCAUCUCAAGAAGAGACAAAUGACGAGUCUCCUUUCCUCCCAAUGUCUAUCAUCAGCCCCGAUAUUUACGAGCCCGGUGUUGUUGGUCGCAAGUUCCCUUGGGGUUUCGCGGACCCGUACAACGAGGAGCACUGCGACUUCACUCGCUUGAAGGAUGCUGUGUUCAGCGAGUGGCGUGGUGAAUUACGUGAGGCUAGCAGAGAACAAUGGUAUGAGGGAUGGAGAACUAGCCGUCUUAAGCAUCGACAACCCGCAACCCGACGUCGGUGAGGCUGAAAGCCGAAUUAUCAGCCGGCUGGUUGAUGAGACAUUUCUCCACGCUUAGCACGUUUUCUUCAACGUUUUAUGUUACACUGUUGUCAUAGCAUACCCACUCAAGAUUUUUUUCAUUUUUCAAUAUACCACGACGACGUUGUUCCGGUCAGCCAGAGAGAAGCAGGGAAAGGGUUCCAUGGGCGUUGAUUCUAGGCUCGGGUUACUACAAAAUGUUUUCUUCUAGCUUGAUCGACAACGUCAGCAGUAUGGUGCCAUGUCCACCAUUCAAUUCUUUUGUAUGACAAAACACUA